AUGGCCGGGGAGCGGCCCCCGCGGCGGGGCCCGGGGCCCGGGCCGGGAGAGGCGCCGGGGGAGGGGCCGGCGGGCGCGGGCGCGGGGGGAGGCCCGGGCCGGGGCCGCCCCUCCUCCUACCGGGCCCUCCGCAGCGCCGUGUCCAGCCUGGCGCGCGUGGACGAUUUCCACUGCGCCGAGAAGAUCGGCGCCGGCUUCUUCUCCGAGGUGUACAAGGUGCGGCACCGACAGUCUGGGCAAGUGAUGGUGCUGAAAAUGAACAGGCUGCCCAGCAACCGGGGGAACACGCUUCGGGAGGUGCAGCUGAUGAACCAGCUGCAGCACCCCAACAUCCUGAGGUUCAUGGGGGUCUGUGUGCACCAGGGGCAGCUGCACGCUCUUACAGAGUAUAUGAAUGGGGGAACCUUGGAACAGCUGCUCAGCUCUCCUGAGCCCCUCUCCUGGCCUGUCAGGCUCCGCCUGGCUCUGGAUAUUGCUCAGGGCCUGCAGUACCUGCAUGCCAAAGGCGUAUUCCACCGAGACCUCACAUCCAAGAAUUGUCUGAUCCGUCGGGAAGGCCGAAGCUUCACAGCUGUUGUGGGUGACUUCGGGCUGGCUGAAAAGAUUCCUGUGUACAGGGAAGGGGAAAGGAAGGAGCCAUUGGCUGUAGUGGGCUCCCCGUACUGGAUGGCUCCAGAGGUGUUGAGGGGUGAGCUAUAUGAUGAAAAGGCCGACGUCUUCGCCUUUGGGAUCGUCCUCUGUGAGCUCAUCGCACGAGUACCUGCGGACCCUGACUACCUACCCCGUACUGAGGACUUUGGGCUGGACGUGCCUGCUUUCCGGACCCUGGUAGGGGAUGACUGCCCACUACCUUUCCUGCUCCUGGCCAUCCACUGCUGCAGUAUGGAACCUAGCGCUCGUGCUCCCUUCACCGAAAUCACCCAGCACCUGGAAUGGAUCCUGGAGCAACUGCCUGAGCCAGCCCACCUCACCAGGGCUCCCCUGAUGCACAGUCAGGGGUCUGUCCCAAGAGGGGGUCCCUCUGCCACGCUUCCCAGGCCAGACCCUCGGCUCUCCCGAAGCCGAUCAGACCUCUUCCUGCCCCCAUCACUAGAAUCACCCCCGAACUGGGGGGACAAUCUGACUCGAGUCAACCCCUUCUCGCUGCGGGAAGACCUCAGGGGUGGCAAGAUCAAGCUCCUGGACACACCCAGCAAGCCAGUCGCCCCCCUGCCCCUUGUGCCACCAUCACCACUGCCCUCCACCCGGCUGCCCUUGGUGACGACUCCAGAGACCCCGCUCCAGCCUGGAACACCUGCCCGUCGCUGCCGCUCGUUACCAUCAUCCCCUGAACUCCCCCGGCGCAUGGAGACAGCACUGCCAGGCCCUGGCCCUCCCUCUGUGGGUCCCGUGGCGGAAGAGAGAAUGGAGUGUGAGGGCAGUAGCCCUGAGCCAGAACCCCCAGCUCCCCAGCUGCCCCUGGCUGUGGCCACAGACAACUUCAUCAGCACUUGUUCAUCAACCUCCCAGGCCUGGUCCUCCAGAUCAGGACCUCCCCUUAACAACAACCCCCCAGCUGUGGUGGUGAACUCCCCACAGGGCUGGGCCGGGGAGCCCUGGACCCGGGCCCAGCAUAGCCUGCCCCGGGCAGCGGCCCUGGAGCGGACAGAACCCUCGCCGCCCCCUUCAGCCCCUCGGGAUUCCGACGAGGGGCUACCCUGCCCUGGCUGCUGCCUGGGCCCCUUCAGCUUUGGCUUCUUGUCCAUGUGCCCCCGCCCCACACCAGCUGUUGCUCGCUACCGCAACCUGAACUGUGAGGCGGGCAGUCUCCUCUGCCAUCGAGGGCACCGUGCCAAGCCACCCACACCCAGCCUUCAGCUGCCUGGGGCACGCUCUUAG